CAAAGCAGCGAAUUUGAAUUUUUUAAGCGCUGAAGAGAGAGAGAGAGAGAGAAAGACAGGUUGUUGAUGAUAAUGUAAUUGUUCUUUAAUCCGUUGUCUGUUGACUGAAUUGACAGGAGGAGACGAUUACCAUGGCCGAAUUGGCCCAAGCCGAAGUAUACACACCGUGGUCUCUACAGCUAUGGCGGGCUAUGCUGGACUGGUUCUCAUUUUUCAUCCAGAUCUUAGUUCAGAUCGUCAAUGGAACGCCUUCCAUGACUCAGCUUCUCUCUUACGUCGGUCUAGAAAACCAAUCUCUGUUCUCUUCCCACUUUUCGUACUUCAAGCCUCUUCCACUCGUUGAAUUACCGGAAGUAAAUGAAAGAGAAACGGAACAGUCAGUUACGGCGGCGCCGGUGCAUAUUGGAGGUGGGAGAGUCUCUCUUUCCGUUGACGAUGUCAUCAUGGAUCGGUCUAUUGACAGGCUCACGGUUGUUCUAGACAUGGAUGAAACAUUAGUGUCUGCAUAUGAAAGAUCCAGAUUGUCACCCAUCAUUCGUACUAGGGCAAUAGAAGCCGGCUUGAAAUGGUUUGAGCUAGAAUUUGUAUCUUCAGACAAGGAAAUUGAUGGCAAACCAAAGAUCAACUAUGUUACAGUGUUUGAACGUCCAGGAUUGCGAGAAUUUCUUAGACAAGUCCAUGAAUUUGCUGAUCUUGUUUUAUUUACAGCAGGUCUUGAAGGAUAUGCUAGACCACUGGUUGAUCAAAUUGAUGUAGAAAACCGAUUCAGUCAAAGACUGUACAGGCCUUCAACAAUUAGCACAGAAUACCGAGAGCAUGUGAAGGACCUGUCAUGUCUUUCAAAGGAUCCAUGUCGUAUUGUAAUUGUUGAUAACAACCCAUUCAGUUUUUUACUACAACCAGUGAAUGGAAUUCCAUGCAUUCCAUUUCUUGCAGAACAGCCACAAGAUAACCAGCUUCAUGAGGUUCUCCUUCCUCUCCUAAGGCAAUUGUCAAAACAACGGGAUGUGAGACCGAUGCUAUAUGAUAUGUAUCACAUGCCGGAGUGGUUUCAAAGGCAUGGAGUUUGACCUUUUGCAUUUACUGCAGCAUUUUUUAUUGGAAUUCCAAUGGCUUUACUACUGAUGUUCCUUGUUUAAUCUUAUUGUUUCAUAUAAAUAUUUGUUACUUUGUGUAUACAGACACAUUUAAUCAUUUAUAACAGAAGCUUGUUUUCUUGGAUUGAAGAUUAA